UUCCGGUUCCGGUCCCGGCUCCGGGCUCCCGGAGGGCGGGCGAGAUGCUGGCGGCUCCGCGGGGGCGGCCCCGGGCCGCGUUCCUGCAACUCGCAGUCGCGGCGCGCGCCAUGGCUGGAGCGCCCACGGUCUCGCUGCCUGAACUGCGCUCGCUGCUGGCCGCGGGCCAGGUCCGGCUCAUCGACGUGAGAUCGCGGGAGGAGGCGGCAGCGGGGACCAUCCCGGGGGCGCUCAACAUCCCGGUGUCCGAGCUGGAGAGCGCCCUGCAGAUGGAGCCAGAUGCUUUCCAGGCUUUGUACUCCGCCGAGAAGCCGAAGCUGCAAGAGGAGAACCUCAUCUUCUUCUGUCAGAUGGGCAAGCGGGGCUUGCAGGCCACGCAGCUGGCCCGAGGCCUGGGAUACUCAGGGGCUCGCAACUUCGCAGGGGCCUACAGAGAAUGGUCCCAGAAAGAAGGUUAGGUAGGAGGCUGAUUGCCCCCUGCCCUCGCCCCCAGGCCGCCUGACCGGUGACCGGCUGAACACCUCGGUUGGGCAGGCCUUACAGCGCUGUGCACGCAAAGCAUCAAAUAAAGAGCACUUAAUCAAAGUA